GGGGCGCUGCGGCACCACGUUGCGCCCUGGUUUCUAGCACCCGAGCGUAAGUUCGCGAGCAGCGCUUUGGAUUUAUCAUCUCUACAACGUGCUUGGUCUGUGCUAGGACGGGCGAAACGCAGUUGCAUCCGUAGCCUCACAAGCCAGGAGGGCAAGCAGGGCAAGGAUGUGCCGCGCCCCGCCGAAGCUUGUGACAGUAAAACACGCCGUCGACGGCCCCUACGCCGCCGCGCUCCGCAGCGACGCCUACCGGCUGAGUUGCGGCACCUUUGCGGUCUUCACGGUACUCUCGCUGUUGUACAGACGCGACGAGAUGAGCACGGAGGCGUUAAUACAUGCGUGUAUUGGACCGUUGCAGUCCUACGCGUCGUACAUGGGCGACGUCCAUCUGUUGGGACGAGGGCACAACUACUGGCCGGAUUUAGUAUUGGCGCCCCUCGUGUCGUUGUGGGCGAUGAAGCUCUACGGCGCGCUGCCGGCCUUCCGGCGGAGCGCGGGGUUUUCCGUGUCGUGCUUCGCGCUCGCCUUGUAUCGCAACCACAAAUGUAGAGCGGACGACUGGGUGCUUUUCCAUAUUUUCUGGCACGCGCUGCCCCUGACGUUGUACGCGGGGCUGUUUGUUGAUGGUCCCGACGUUUUGAUAGCCAAAGGGUUAUGUGUGGCAUUGCUGGUGCUGCAAGCCACGUCGUCGAACCGCCUCGCGCCGAAACUCCGAAGACCAUGACCACGAUCGCUCGCUCGCCGUUUUUUUCGUAACAACAAGACUAGUUAACAUUUCGCGCCCCACGCCAUCGACGCG